CCCCCCCGCCGUUAAUUACCGCAAUUAGGGCCGGGGGCUGUGUGUGUGCGUGGGGAGGCUGCAGGGAGCAGCGCGUCCCCCAAAGGGAGCGUGGGGUCGGCAACGCCUGCUCGGCGCCGGCCCCAAAAGCACAGCCAGACCCCGCGCACCCUAACCGGGAGGCACCCUCAACCCCGCUGUGGGGUUGGGGUUGGGUUCCCGUGGUCACAUCCAGCAGCACGCGGAGCUUUCGGGGAGCAGAGGCUGCAGCGCCCGCCGCUAUCGCUCGAGGAGGUGGAUGCCAGGCCCUGGGAGGACACAAAGCGGGGGUGGGCGCCUUCAGGCAGGAAACUUCCCCCUGUCCCAGCAGCCCGUCCCGCUCUGCUGCUCCGCACACACCCCAAAGCACACGGGAUGAGAUGAGCUCGGUGCGUGGGGCUGAGCUGGGCUGGUCCCAGCUCGCAAAUACCUUGGGGUUGCUGGGGUCCCAAGGACUGGCCCUUGGCAGCCGGUGGAGCCUGGUGCAAGGACCAGGAUGAGGAAAGAGCAUCAGGGCUGUGAGAAGUGCUCCGAAUUGGCGAAAACAGCUCAAGUUUGGGAAAAAACAAACAGCCGUGCAGCUGAGGUGCUCUGUGCUGCCUGUAUGGCAGCUCCCCUGAGCGUGCUGGGCACUGCCCUCAGCGAGUACCCCGGGUGCUGGGUGGUGGGGAUGUACCUAGCAGCAAUCUAACAGAAAUAAGAGAGAGCAACUUUCCCCAUUUACACAGAGACGCUUUUCACAGGCUGGCACAGACACGCAGCCAGUGUCUGUUCUAACACGACGGUGCUAGAAACGAAGCCACGAAGCGAGUCUGUGACGGAGGCAUCCCUGGCACGUCCUGCAGCGGGGCCUGCCUUUUCCCCUAUAUUAACCUAGCGUUCCUCUGGCUCUUUGCUGACCCUAAGGCUGGCGCUCUGGAGAAGCUUGCCACGCUCCUGCAAUCAGAGAGCACAACUUCAUUUGGUGUAGGAUGUUUGGAGGGCUGAGGGGAGCGGGGCUGGGGCCGGGUGAGGAGGGGAAAACCAGCCGUGUAAUAUUUCAAGCCUAUAAAACCCACCUGAGUGGAACCAAAAGGGAGCAGGGAAUGGCUUACUGGGCUGACCAAGUCGAAAUGUUUGCUCUGUCAGGGAUCCCACCGGGCUGCUUCUCGCCGUGAUGGGCAGGCUGUGUCAGCUGCAGCCGCCUGCAGCAGCAGGUGGGAAUUGGAUGGUUUUUAAGGUCCCUUCCAACCCAGCCCGUUCUGUGCUUCCCUCCAGCAGCCCUGCUUUUACGCCUCUCGUGGCUUCUUUUCAGCUUCUUUUCCUCCCCGCCCUGCAGCAACAGCAGCUUCGUCCCCGAGCCUGUCGGGUGCACCUUCCAAGGCAAACGCGACGGGGUGCAAGUGAUGCUUCCUUUUCUGGUGUGCUGCAAUGGGAACCUGCUUCUUGUGCUACGCGGGGUCUGCAGGAGGAGCUGCAGCGUGUUCCUGGGAGGGUCCUCGCUCCACCUGCUGAGAUUUAAUGGGGACAGGGAAUUCGCUGCCCUGCUGGUGUGGUAUCUUGCUGGUGCCUGGCCUCUUACAGCUUACAAGCACGUGCUUGCUGUCGAAGGUAGACUCAGCAUCUUGUCUGGGCUGGGGCAGGAGGCAGCGGCUCCCUGCUUGUGGAGGGCUCCCCAGAAGGCAGAGGAGCGGUACCACCGUGUCAGGGGCAGCUGCUGCCAAAUGCAGACUUUUUUGUGCGUGUCCGUGUGUUGUUUUUCCUUUCAUUCUUUUUUUUUUUAAAGGCAUCCCAGCGUGGCUUGAGCAGGAAAGCAGCAGUGUGACACAGCCUGGCCGCCGGCCCGGGCUGCUGAGGGGCUUUAGGAAGGCAGGCAGAGCAAAACCCAGAGCUGGGUUGUUGCAGCUAGCUCAAUGACAGCAAACGGAUGUGAAUGCUGAACAUAACCGAGUGUAGGAAGCCUGCCCAGGGGUGUGACGGGAUAUGUGACUGCACAAGGCUUAAAUAACAGCUUCACCUCCCGAAAUGUGCAGCUUCCCUCAGGCUCCGAGCUGCGGUUCCGCGCUGCGCAGCAGACGAGGGGUUGGCGUUGGCCUUGUUCUCCACGAGGAUGUGAUUAAGGAGCUCGGCGUGUUCUCUUUUGUCAGCAAUGAUUUAGUUGUACUUCUGGGCCGUUGUCUGGAGAAGAAAAAUGUGCGUGUGUUUAACGAGGCACCUUCCAGAAGGAGGCACGAGGAGAAGCCAUGGGGGGCCGGGGGCAGCCGCUGACCGCUCCCGGUCCUUCUCCUGCCACCAGCAACGCUGCUGGAGGUGGGGCAGGAGGUGAGGAAGGGAUGUCUCAAGGACACCGAGCCUUCCACCAAGCAUCAUGGUCACGCAGGGGUUUCUCUGAUCCACGAGGAGCUCUGUCUCCUCCCUGAAGAGCGGAGAGGUGCAGCCUGCUGCCCACUGUGCCCGCCGUCUUCAUGGUUUUUGCAGCAGGGCACGCAGGUGGAGAGCCUCCUGCAGGCCUCCUCCUCUCUCCACAGCCCUCACGUGGCCAGGAGGCAGCACACGGUGUCUGACUCGAAGCAGAGACCCGUCUGUGUCGCCGAAGGCCGAGUGUUUGGGGGCAGGUGGGGGCCGUGAGGUUCCUCACCUGGCUUCGGGGCCUGCCAGCACCACAGGCCGUGGCGUGGCCGCUCCAGAAAGCUUCCAGAGGAGGGUUUGUCAGUUCCUCUGAAAGCCACAGAAAAAAAUGCCUUGGGCCAAAGUGACGUGGGCACAGACGUGAUGAAAUGUGGUCGGCCUGGAGUUGGUGUGCCCUACUCAGGCCCGGGAUGGUGCAGCCACAGAAAUGUAUGCCGGCCUGUCGGGAUGGAGGGACUUCAGGAGGCCAGAAGUUGACGCCUUUGGACCUGGUUUUGACUUCCCCUUGAGCAGCAUUUUGCCUUUCAUCCCGCUGGGAGCAGGAGCACUGAGUUUGAGCUUUGUUGGGGGGUGUUCAGUGUGCGUGACCUCCCCUGACGUGCUCUUGGGGUUGUCCUCCUCAGGGUGCUCUGCUCCUUGGGAGCCGUACGUGAACAUCAAGUCAAUGUUAGGUGUCCUCUUAUGCUGUUUAAUGAAUUCAAAGGGUUCCCAGUCCCUCUUGUCAGCACACCUGGGUCCAUAGCGGGCUCCCCCACAUGGGAAAGAGCCUGUAGGGUGCUGCUUCCCUUCGUCAGCCGAGACAGUGAGGAGCACAACGAGAUUUUGCUGUAUUUAAUGUCUGUGAAGGGAUGAAACUAUAUAUGGGAAUUACUUUCAAAGAUUGACAUGUUGUAGCUGUUAACAUAUUUUUUUUCUUUACCAGAAAAAAAAAAGGCAACACAAACUGCAGCAUGGGAAAAACAGGAAAAGCAUAGCAUAUUUUUUUCUUUCAUCUCCUAAAGAAAACAUUUCAGUGACUGAUAUGUGAAGCUAUGAGUUACAGAGUAGGACUAGUUGGAAUUUGAAAAUGCAUAGUAAGUUCUUAAGGGACUUGGUAAUUUGCUUUGCUUUUUUGAAAGAAACAAAUCAGCUGGUAAUGCGAAGCUUAUGAAAGGGUUGGGGAAAAUGCAGUUCCGAGCUAGAUCUUUUUCCACGUUGACUAUGAACUGUACUUUUUCCUUUGAUGAAACAUGAAAUUACUUUUAAUUUAUUUUGUUCCAAUCCCAGUUACAUAAACUAUUAUUUGAUUGUACAGCUGGACUGAAAAACCGUAGGAGGUCUCACAUUUAGGAUUCUGCUGCCUCUUUCUCAUUAAGCCUACAGACUGAUUUCUUUAAAUGCACCUAUUAAUCUUCUUAGGGAGACGAAUCGUUAUUUGGUUGGGGGGGUCUUUUUUUUUUCUUUUUUCUUUCUUUUUAUUUUCUUUAUAAACUACUCUCCAAGGCCAACUGGCAAAAUAAGUGCCAAUGCCUUGAAGCCUUCUCAGGUACGCCUGCAGUGCUGCCAGGCCGUGUGAUGAGCGCCCAGUGCUGAGGUGGGAGGCUGGAUUUUAGCUAGUUUUUUGGGCUGAAGCCCACCCCGAGCAGCUCUGCCACCAGGUACCUGCUUGCUGUGGGUUUGCCAUGGUGUCACGGCGGGUGGCAGCAGGUUGGCGCACAGAUCCUGACCUGUGCCACUUGCCCACAGCCUCGUCCCCCAGUGGCUUGCCCAAGAAGUCCCCAUGGAAAGAGGUAGUAGGCGGUGUGGGGCUGGCACUCCUGUCCUGAUGUACCCCGAGCCUGGCAUGGAGCAGGUCCUUUUUUUGGCUUUAGUUGUGCAGUGGGUGUUGCGCCGUUGGCAUCAGUUGAGUCCCUGCUUCAAGAACCCAUAGCACAGUGCUGCUUUCCAUGGCACUUUGAGCUCGCUGCCCUGACCUGUGCUGGUGGUGUGCAGGGCUACAGGAGAAGUGUGGUCAGCCACUGCUUGAGCUCCAGCGAGCUUUUCCUGGGCUCUCUUCUCCAGCACAAAAGAAAGGAGCAGAAUCACAUUAAUCCUCUCUUCCCUCCUCUGGCAGAUCAGAAUUUGGAUGGAUUUUUUUGGUAAGAUGUUGUAUUUUCUUGGUUUUCAGCCCAAUGUGUCUCGUAUCAGGAAAAUGCAGGUGAUCGGGGCGAGGGCUGCCAGGUGCGUGUGCCCACGGUCCUGUUUGUCCUGGUAGCACCACCUCUAGGACAUGUUCUCUUUGAAACGUGUGGAUUUUUCACUCACCUCCCUAUCAGCUUUGUCUCCAGCCCACCGAUGAUGAGCCGCUGGAAUUUGGGUUCCUUUCACCCGCUCCCAGCAUGGAAACUGCACCGUCAUCAGGGCGAGGAGCUGGCAGGGCUGGGAAACGCUUCCUUGGCCUGCUGCCCUUGCCGACCUGCUCUGCUCUGCUCUUCUCACUGCCUUCCAGCAGCACUGAGGAGCGUGGGGAGCUGGAUGUCCGCCUGCUCCCCGAGCAGACCUGCGGGCUGCGUCCGCGCCGAUACGAAGGUGGCAGAUGUCUGCAGCAGAUAGCGCUGGAGCACGUCGUGUCGGGGCCAUAAAUACUCCUGGUGCUGGUCUGCGCGAGGAGGCAGCGCUGGAUUCAGCUUACAUCGCUGUACAGCAUCCUGUGCUGCUCAGCGCCUGCCCUGCCUGACCCGUUUCAUUUAGGUAGGGCGGCUGUUUAGUCCCAAAGAGUGGAAUUUUCCAAGCCUUCUCCCUGUCCCCUCUUUCUGCAAGCUGUGUCUGCCUGGAAAUCCUGCAGGUGGAGAGCAGGGCAGGGCAGGUUGUUUCCAUGUGCAUCACAUUUGGGGUGCCCCGAGUGCACCUCGUGUUCUGCUCUCCUCUCAGUGCUAGGUCCGUGCCUGGGGCUCAGGUGGCACCUGGGCAUCCCUGUGCUUUGGACUCCCCAUGUGGCCCUUUUUCAGAGCAGCCAAAGCCUGCUUACCCCUCGUUACCUUUAUUAGGCUAGGUUUUGACUGGUUACGCCAAAUUAUGAUAGAACAUCAGGUCUUGCUGAACCAGGACAAUGGUCCCAUAUUCCUAAGUCAUGAGCCAUUGUUCACCUUACCCUGGGAGAAAAAAGGUAUCCAGAAACAUCACUUCCGGGAGAAAACUCAAGCAACUCCCUCGGUAUUCCUCUUGUACUUUGCCUUAUCUGCCUUUCUUGUCUGGAAGCAUCUCCGAGCUGCACUGGUUAUUAGAUUAGGAUCUGAUUCCUCUUGGCUGUACAACUCGGUUUCAUCAAACCGGUGUCAAUAAUUGCCAGCUUAAUUUUAUUUAUUAUUAACUAGCAAUGCGAUCCAAAGCACUCUGAAUUAACAAAUUAUCAUGUGGGGUUUUUUCUUCGAAGCAUGGAGACCAAGUCAAAUGGCUGCUUUGUGGAGCAAUAAGGCGGCUGCAUCUGGAAUCCAGUUCUCCCAGUGAGCAAACUCCUUCGCCUUGAGCUUUACCAGUCCUGCAGGGCUGGCGGCCGGUCAGGAGGGCCGUGAGGAUGGUGACAGCGCUGCCCUGAGGUGGGCAAACAGCCCUGCAGCAGUCACGGGGGGCACGGGGCGAUCCCUGCCUGCUCAGUCUCGUGCCCAAACGCUCUCUGCUCCCGAUGGCUCCUCCACACGAGGCGUCAGCUCUCCUGGUACCCUGAGGCUACCGAGGCUGGUUGAGGACCUGAACAGCACCGGGAAAAGUCGAGGGGAUGACUCCGUGACGGAGGAGGUGCUGCGAGGUGCAAAGACACAGCUGCGGGAUGGUGCAGGGGGGAUUUUUCACAGAGGCACACACAGAAAUGUUGGGUGUAGCACUUUGUUUGCCUGGGCACAGAGGAGGAGGCCAGCAGUCGGGCUCUCAGGCUGGGGCUCGCUGCAGCUACCCGGAGCUGUGCCUCCCCGCAGCACGCCAUCCUCAUUGCCUCUUGUAUCGGAGGCACCGGGGCUGUUUUAGGAAGCUUUCCUUUCCUUUCUCUAAAAAUCUACAUUGGUUCCUUUCUGGUAAGUCAUUACUGCCUCUUUUUUUAGGAGUGCUUCUCUUCCUAUUUUUUGUGCCUGAAAUGAAUGUUGUUUCUCAUGCCGAGCUCAGCUCAGUUGACUCGAGCUGUCAUGGAGAUGGAUAAUGAUACAUUUUUUGCAUCAGCUUUUAAUUUUGGAGCACAGGUGGAACUCAUCCAAAAAAGGUCCCUGCAGCCUUCCUGGCUUCUGAGUGACAGGAUACGAACCCACUGCUGCCAGGGGGGCUGUGGAAGGGACCAUGAACACAGGUCCCUCAGUGCCCGGCAGCAGCGAGCCCCUAUCCCCAUUGGGGCACUUCCCCACGGCAGGCCAAGAGCUGCAGAAACCCCUCCAGGUCCUUGACUGCAUCAAGCCUGCAGCUCAAAAGGGAGCCUUGCAAAAACAGACUUCUGUGCCGCUCUCCAGGGGGGGGAAAGCCAGCAGCAAGUCAAGGGAACAGGCAGGCUGCCUCUGCUCUUCUGUUUGAAUUGGUUUCCAGAAUGUGAUUUUCCCAAAAUAACUUAAUUGUGUAUCUUUUUUUUUUUUUUUUUGAGAACGUUCUAUAUUUGUUGAUGAGCAUUAAAUUGACAUUUUCUGAGAACUGUCCAAAACAGCUCCAAGAACUCUUCCAGAGUGGCAGUGCCUCGUUCGGAGCCCGUUGCUGCGCUCGUCACGCCGAGGAGACCGGAGCAGCUGGACCAGGCGGCAGGACAGCGGUCUGCCUUCCCCUCGCUGGCACCCGGCUCGGAGAGCCCCCGGGAGAUGCGCGGCCGCGGGCAGGCGGAGGGACAGCGGAGGAUGCUCCAGGUGGAUGCGCGGGGCCAGAGAGCGGGGCGCUCGCCCUCCGCGUCGCCCGAGCGGGGCAGCACCCCCACCUCGCCCUACUCGCUGCCCCAGAUCGCCCCCCUGCCCAGCAGCACCCUCUGCCCCAUCUGCAAGACGACGGAGCUCACCUCUGCCCCCAGCCAGCCCAACUACAACGCCUGCACCCAGUGUCACAGCAAGGUCUGCAACCAGUGCGGCUUCAACCCCAACCCGCAUCUCACCGAGGUGAAGGAAUGGUUGUGCCUGAACUGCCAGAUGCAGAGGGCGCUGGGGAUGGACAUGACCACUGCCCCGCGCUCCAAAAGCCAGCAGCAGCUGCACUCCCCCUCGCCGUCUCCGUCCCACUCCCCAGCCAAGCUCCCGGCGGGCCAGGAGAAGACCCCGGCACCCCCCCAGACAAGCGCCCGUCCUGGUGCCACCGCCGUGUCCCACUGCCGGAGACCCCCAAGCCGCAGACGGCUGCACCGCAGAGGGAGCAGCACGGCCAGCCAAAAGCCGCCGCUCCUCAGGAAGCGGCAAGGUCCUCCCCGCAGCACCAUCAAGCAAAACCUUCCUCCUCCGAGCAGAGAAAGGCGGUGGGAGACCCCAAACCCCCCGCCCCUGGAGCUGGGGCUCCUGAACAACCCCAGGAGGGGCUCACGGGGAAGCUCUUCGGCUUCGGAGCUUCCCUCCUGACCCAGGCGAGCACGCUCAUGUCUGUCCAGCCGGAGGCCCCCGCUCCAAGUCAGCAGUCUUCUGGCAAAGUGCCUCCAAAAAUCGUCUUCAGCGACGCCAGCAAGGAAGCUGGUCCCAAAGCCCCGGGGGCGCAGAGCCGGGCUGGGGCUGCGCCGGCCGCCAAAGCAGGCAAACCGGAGCCGGGCGUUAAGCCAAAGGAAGUGCCGAAAGCCAGGGUCUUGUGCCCCCUCUGCAAGGCGGAGAUCAACGUGGGCUCCGGCGAGCCCCCCAACUACAACGCCUGCACGAGCUGUCGGCAGCAGGUGUGCAACAUGUGUGGCUUCAACCCGACACCCCAUCUGGUGGAGAAAAACGAAUGGCUGUGUCUGAACUGCCAAACGCAGCGGCUGCUGGAAGGGAGCCUGGCGGACCCUGCCCCCGUGCCGAUGCCUGCCCCAAAGCAACCUGCCAGCGGCUCCCCCCGCCACCAGCCGCCGGCAGCCAUCCCGCGGGCACCCGCGCCCCCUGAGCCGGCAGCACCCCCCGACCGCCAGCCCUCGCCCGCCAGGAGCCUGCGGGCACCCGAGCAGAGCCCGGCCCCCAGCCCUGCCCCGGAGAAGAAGCCCCCGGCGCCAGCAGAGGAGAAGCCGCUGCCCAAAGCCGCCCCGGAGCCUUCCCCAGCACCCAAAGGGAAGAGCGUCAGCACAAAACCGGAGGGGGAGAGCAAGGUGGGACGGGUGCUCCCCGAGGCACAGAGGACGAAGGAGCAGGAGGAUGUGGGCAAGCCUUACCCCCCGGACCUGUCCCGCAGCCCCCAGAGCCUGAGCGACACCGGCUACUCCUCAGACGGCAUCUCCAGCUCGCAGAGCGAGAUCACGGGGCUGGUGCAGCAGGAGGAGGAGAAGCUGAGCGGCACGGGGCUGGCGGGGCAGAGCCCCCCGAGCCCCUCCGAGCUCACCAAGCUGGAGAGCAGCAUGAGGCCGCUGCUGGAGGCUCGGGGGGGCCCAGCAGAGCCCAGCAAGGGCUCGGAGCAGCGGGAGGAGCAGCGACAGCGGCAGCGGCCCCGGUACCUCUCCAUCACCCCUGAAGCUUUCGACUCGGACGAGGAGCUGGAGGAUAUCCUGGAGGAAGACGAGGACUCGCUGGAGUGGGAGAACCAGAGGGAGCAGCGGGAGAGCAUGGAGUCUUCGGAUGAGUUCGGCAGCAAGCUGCGGCACGACUACGUGGAGGACAGCAGCGAGGGGGGCUUCUCCCCGGUGCCCCCCCACCCCAAGGGCCGGGAGGAGGUGAGCGACGAGGAGUUCAUGCGGAGGCAGAUCCUGGAGAUGAGUGCGGAGGAGGACAACCUGGAGGAGGAGGAGGAGGAGGGGGGCUAUGGGCGCACCAAGUACAGCGCCGCUAAGGCCGACGCAGAGAAGAGCAAAGAGCCCCCCUUGGCCAAGCGGCACCUGCCGCACGGCGCCAGCAGCCUGUACAAGGAGGAGAGGAAGGAGCUGGAGGCAGCCGAGGGCGACGACAUGAGCACGGCCCAAGGGGGCCUGCGGCGCUUCAAGACUAUUGAGCUGAACAGCACGACCGGCUACGGCAGGGAGAUGGAGAUGAGCCAGGACGCGGACACCAGCCUGGAGCGGGAGCCAGAGCUGGAGAUGGAGAGCCUGACGGGCUCGCCCGAGGAGCGCUCCCGCGGCGAGUACUCCUCCACCCUGCCGGCCACAACGCCCAGCUACACCUCGGGCACCUCGCCCACUUCCAUCUCCUCCCUGGAGGAGGACAGUGACAGCAGCCCCAGCCGGCGGCAGCGGCUGGAGGAGGUGAAGCAGCAGAGGAAGGCUCGGCACCGCUCGCACGGCCCCUUGCUGCCCACCAUCGAGGACUCGUCGGAGGAGGAGGAGCUGCGCGAGGAAGAGGAGCUGCUGCGGGAGCAGGAGAAGAUGCGGGAGGUGGAGCAGCAGCGCAUCCGGAGCACGGCGCGCAAGACCAAGCGUGACAAGGAGGAGCUGCGGGCGCAGCGGAGGAGGGAGCGCUCCAAAACUCCCCCCAGCAACCUCUCCCCCAUCGAGGAUGCCUCCCCCACCGAGGAGCUGCGGCAGGCGGCGGAGAUGGAGGAGCUGCACCGCUCCUCCUGCUCUGAGUACUCGCCCUCCAUCGACUCGGAGGCUGAGAGCUUCGACGCCGUGGCCUCCAAGCUGUACAAGUCGGGCAGCGAGUACAACCUGCCCACCUUCAUGUCGCUCUACUCCCCCACCGAGAAGGUGGAGAGCGGCCCCAGCCAGCCCGCCAGCAAGCCCCUCAAGAGCGCCGAGGAAGCCUACGAGGAGAUGAUGAGGAAGGCAGAGAUGAUGCAGAAGCAGCAGAUCCAGCAGGCCCAGCAGGGCGUUUCCUACGGCAGCAGCUACCAGCAGGUGGGGUACCGCGGCACCGAGGGGCAGAACGGCUUCGAGUACCAGUACGCGGAGGAGUACGGGUACGAGGGCAGCGCCGCGCACCCCUCGCAGCCCGACUACCCGGGCACCCUGUCGAAGCCGGGUGCGGUGUACGAGGAGAUCCUGCAGACCUCGCAGAGCAUCGCCAGAAUGCACCAGUCCUCCUCGUUUGACCUGGCUCUGGAGCAGGGCGACAAAAAGAAAGGGCAGGAGGAGGCGUACCAGGAAAAGCACUUUCUGAACGCCGAGAGCGCGUACGCUGAGCUGAUGAAGCAGAACGGGGGUCCCCUCACCCCUGGGACCAGCCCCACGCAGCUUUCUGCUCCUGUCUCCUUUUCCGCCUCCGAGGGCAGCAAGGCCAUUCCUGAUGUCCAGGUCACGCAGCAUUUUACAAAAGAAGGACAGGACCGGGCCAAGCUCCAGGGCACCCCAGCAGCGCCCAGCCCAGGUCCCAAGCCCCUGACAGCUCCUUACGCCUACAGCAAAGCUACCGGCGCAGUCACAACAGCGGCAGCCAGCCCCGCCAGCACAGCACAGAUCUACAGCUCUGCAGAGCCCACAGCCUCACCCGCCAGGAGCUACGGCCCGGUGAAGAGCUCCAUCAGCUACGGCUCACAGACGGAGGACGUCUCCCGAAGCAAGGCAGCGGUUGAGACCGGUGUGCAAAUGGCCAGGGAGAAGCUCCAAGCGGUGAGCGACAGCAAGCCCCCACCGGCCAAGACGUACCCGUUCUUCAAAAGCUCCAGCCCCCCGCUCUCACCAACGUCUCCUACUCAGAGUCCCACCCGUGCCGUCCCCAGGGCGGCCGCGCCCCCUGGCCCCACCACCAAGUCCACUGCCGAGUUCUCCACGCAGACGCAGAGCCCCCUCCUUGCCUAUGACGUCCCCGCCACCACCGGCACCUCCGCCUCUUCCCCCAUGGUGGCCCAAGGGACGCAGACGCCGCACCGGGCAGGCUCGCCUCGCCUGGCCCGGCAGCAGUCCUCGCAGGACUCCCCCUUCAUGCUGAUCACGCUGGCGGCCGACGCGGCCAGCCAAACCAAGCCGCCAAGCUCCUCCGAGUCCCCCACCUCGUCUCCCACCAGGACGAGCCGGCAGAUGAUUCCACACGGGUACGGCCAGGAGCCGGAGCAGCCGCCGGGUGCAUACGUCCGGGCGCAGCAUGGGAAGGAGCAAGCCCAGAAGGUGCCCGUGACUUCAGGCGCCGACGGCAUCGCGGGGCUGUACGGCUGGGGAGCGCUCCCGGCGGAGAACAUCUCGCUGUGCCGCAUCUCCUCCAUCCCCGGCACCUCCCGCGUCGAGCCGGGGCCCAAGGUGCCGAGUGGUAGUGCCGUGGACUUGCGGACUGCUCUGAAGUCCGCCCCCAUCAUCAUAACAGACCAAGGCAUGGAUCUCACCUCCUUGGCCACCGAGGCCAGGAAGUACUGCCUGACUUUGGACCAGCUCCCAAGCCGGCAGUCCACGGCCAUCCAGCCCCUGAUCAUCAACCUCAACGCCCAGGAGCAGCCCCACGCCAUCAUUGCAGCCGCCAGCACCGCCGGCCUCGCCAUCGCCUCCCCGAUGCUCAUCUCCCAGCCCAAGCAGCCCGUGGUCUACGGGGACCCUUUCCAGAGCCGCAUGGACUUCGGGCAGGGGACCGGCAGCCCGGUGUGCUUGGCGCAGGUGAAGCAGGUAGAGCAGGGCGUGCAGACGGGCGCCGUCAGAGCCAGCGGGGCAGCUGGCCCCACGCCUGCUGGCAAGCCCGAGCCGGCCGCUCCCCCCCAGGCGAAGUUCUCGAGGUACAGUUUGCCCAGCCAAAUGGUGAAGAAGGACGUGCUGAUCACGCAGACCAGCAUCGCGCAGAGCAGCAGCGGCGUCCCACAGCCCUUCCCACAGGAGCAGGGCUCGGAGCUGUACCGGGCAGUGCCAGUGGAGCUGAAGACCCAGAGCCCGCUCCUUGCCCUGGGAGGGAAGAAGUCCCAGGUGAUGAUGGUGCAGGUGGAGGACGUGGCAGGCGGCCCGGUGACCAAAGUGCUGAAGGAGGAGCCCCCAGCCAACGUGCUGGACCUGACGGGUGUGAAGGCGGAGAGCCAGGUGGCCUGCUGUGACGUGGUCUACAAGUUCCCCUUCGGCAGCAGCUGCACUGGUGCUUUCAACCCCACUUCCAAGAUGCCCGAGAAGAAGGCUGGGGACGCGGUCCCCAGCAGGAAGGCCGGAGGGCCCCUCUAUGGCAGCAGGGAGCCGGAGCUGCCGGAGACCUUCCCGUACCGGGAGCAGCCAGCGCCUGCUCUCUACGAGGAGCAGAAGUUUUACCCCACCGGCACCUUUGGGAGGCUCUACUCCUCCAUGUCAGACACCAACCUGUCCGAAAUUGGGAUGAACUACUACCCCCCAAAGGGGGACCAGCCCUUCCCUGCCAGUGAGGCUGCCGUGGACUUGAGCACCAUGAAGCAUUCCUACAGCGUCGGCUUUGCCGAGGGGGGGUACCUGGGCCAGGGCCUGCAGUACGGCUCCUUCUCCGACCUGCGCCAGCCCACCGAGCUGCUGGGCCACCCGCUCCCCAUGAGGAGGUACAGCUCGGCCUCCAACAUCUACUCCGAUUACCGCUACUCGCCCCGAGGGGACCUGGCCAGCUUCCAGGAGUCCAGCCUGGCCCACUACAGCGCCACGACUGCGCGCGAGAUCAGCCGCAUGUGCGCUGCGCUCAACUCCAUGGACCAGUACGGGGGCCGGCACGCCAACGGCCCCGACGUGCUGCCCUACGGCCCCAGCAGCGGCAGCGGGGGGCUGGCAGCUCAGCCGGGGGGUGCCGUGGCCCCGAAACCCGGCGGGAUGUUCAACCCUAACGUCCCCGAGGCGCGGCAGGGCUUUGGCAGCCUGGCGCAGUACAACGUGCCCGGCGUGCGCCUGGGCGCCAUCAGGCAGAUGUUCCCGUCCUCCGCCACCGUGCGGGCGGCCGACGGCAUGAUCUACUCCACCAUCAACACUCCCAUCGCCUCCACGCUGCCCAUCACCACCCAGCCAGCCUCUGUGCUGCGCCCCAUGCUGCGCGGGCUGUACCGACCCUACGGCCCAGCCGGCGUGGCCGCCGUCCCGCUGGCCAGCCUGGCCAGGAUGCCCGUCGUCACCCCCCGCGUCCCGCUGGCACCGCAGAGCCUCUACCGCUACCCGGCCCCCAGCCGCCUCCCAGCCUCCUCGCUGAUGGAGACCCCCGUCUACCUGGGCAAGCCGGGCAGCGCCGCGGCGGGCACCGGCCCCACCGCCAAAGCCCCCGCCGGCCCCGCUGCCGGCUUGCAGAGAGCGGAGGCCUCAGGGGCUGCCCCCCGUGCCGAGGGACCAGCAGCGGGUGCCAAGGAGGGCGGGCAGGCGGCCCCCUCAUCCAAGCCGCCCUUGGAGGAGCGGGAGCGGGAGGAGGAGCGGCAGCGCAAGCAGCAGGAGCACGUGCUGCAGCUGGAGCGGGAGCGCGUGGAGCUGGAGAAGCUGCGGCAGCUGCGGCUGCAGGAGGAGCUGGAGCGGGAGCGCGCCGAGCUGCAGCGGCACCGGGAGAAGGAACAGCUGCUGGUGCAGCGGGAGCUGCAGGAGCUGCAGUGCAUCAAGCAGCAGGUGCUGCAGCAGCAGCAGGAGGAGCGGCACGCGCAGCUGGCGCUGCAGCGGGAGCAGCUGGCCCAGCAGCGCCUCCAGCUCGAGCACAUCCACCAGCUGCAGCACCAGCUGCAGCAGCAGCUGGAGGAGCAGAAGAGGCAGAAGAGCACCUUCCCCAGCGCUGCCGAGCCUGCCGCCCGCCCACCCGAGGGACCCGCCGAGGCACCGCGGGGCCCCGCACACAACGGGCAGGGGUGGCCCCCACCUGGCCAGGCGCUGCCUGGGGGGCCAGAGGGUGCUGCCGGACCCCGCUACCCUGCGCCACAGAGGCCCCUCAGUAGCUCGGCCUCGGACAUGUCCCUGCAAGCUGAGGAGUCCUGGGAGCCUGGCCGGGGCAUCAAGAAAAGGAACUCGAUGCCGCGGCUGCGGGAUGCCUACGAGAAGGAGGCGGCGAGGAAGACGGCGGACAGCAGCGUGCAGACGGACGAGGAGGAUGGCGAGGAGCGGUACCUGCUGUCACGGCGGCGGCGGUCGCGGCGCAGCACCGACUGCAGCGUGCAGACGGACGAGGAGGACAGCGGGGAGUGGGAGCAGCCCGUGCGGCGCCGGCGCUCCCGGCCAUCGCGGCACGCUGAGGCCAGCGCCGAGGGCAAGGCAGACGGCACCGCACGCUGCACGGCCAGCAUCGGCAUCCAGACCAUCAGCGACUGCUCUGUGCAGACGGAGCCCGACCAGCUCCUCCGCGUCUCCCCCUCCAUCCACAUCACCACCCACGACCCCCGUGUGGAGAUCGUCAAGUACAUCUCGGCCCCGGAGAAGACACAGCGGGGCGAGAGCCUCGCCUGCCAGACGGAGCCCGAGCCGCCCCCCCAGCCCGGCAUCGUGGUGCCCCAGCUGACGGUGCCCACCACCAUCACCCCUUACUCCACCAACAUGCAGAUGGUGAGCACGGGCCCCCUGGACCCCCACGCUGUCCGGCAGCAGACCCUGGGCAAGUUUGAGAAGAAGAAGCCAGACCCCCUGGAAAUCGGGUACCAGUCCCACCUGCCAGCCGAUUCCCUCUCCCAGCUGGUGACCCGCCAGCCGCCCCGCUCUCCCCAGGUCCUCUACUCCCCCGUGUCCCCCCUGUCCCCGCACCGCCUCCUGGAGUCCUCCUUCGCCACCAGCGAGCGGCUCAACAAGGCUCACGUCCCGCCGCAGAAGCACUUCGCCGACUCGGCCCAGCGCCAGCAGACGCUGCCGCGCCCCAUCAAGACCAUGCAGCGCUCCCUGUCCGACCCCAAGCCCAUCAGCCCCACCUCGGAGGAGGCCGGCAAGGACAGGUUCUCCCUCUACCAGCACCCGCUGCUCCCAGGCACCCAGGUGGGUGGGCUGCAGUCGAGCCCGCUGGCACGCAAGGUGAAGCGCACACUGCCCAGCCCGCCGCCCGAGGAGCCCCAUGUGCCCCUGGGCAGCCCAGCCACCCCCCAGCUCUACCUGGGCAGCCUGGCCCCCAAGGCCCCCCCCGGGGCACCGGUCACCAAGGCCAGCCUGCUGAAGGAGCUGGACCACGACCUGAAGCUGGUGGAGCACGAGUCCACGAAGCUGCGGAAGAAGCAGGCGGAGCUGGACGAGGAGGAGAAGGAGAUCGACGCCAAGCUGAAAUACCUGGAGCUGGGCAUCACGCAGCGCAAGGAGUCGCUGCUGAAGGACCGGGGCACUCGGGACCACCCCUACCUGCGCGGCCUGGCCGACCGCCGGGACUACCUGUCAGACAGCGAGCUGCACAGCCUGCGCCUCGCCGCCUACGACAGCGCCAGCCUGCGCCCCGCGCCCGCCGCCCAGUACCCCGACUUCGCCGCCGCCUCCUACGGCGCCUACCCCUACCCGGCCCCGCCGGGGCCCCCCUCCUUCCAGCCCACGCGCCCGCAGCCCCCCCAGUUCCCCGCUGCCAGCACCGCACAGGACAGCUUGCAGGCUGCCCCCUUGCCCGCCUUCGCCUCACCCGGAGCCUUCCCGGCCCCCGGGGCCGCGUACACGGAGCUGGGCACCCCGGCCCAGCCGGGCUUCCGGCCCCAAAACCCCUACCAAGCCCAGGGCGCCUUCGCUGGCACAGCCGCUGUGCCUGCAGCGCAGCCCGCGCUCUUCCAGAGCCCGUCGGACACGCACCAGAAGCCACGGCAGACCUCGCUGGCUGAGCUGGAGCAGAAGAUCCCCACCAACUACGAGGUCAUCGGCGCGGCCACCAGCUCCUCCGCCGUCCCCGACGCCACCUUCAGCGCCGCAGCGGUGAGCAGCGGCUACGAGCAGUACAAGGCACCCGAGGCCCGGCCGGCCGAGAGGGCUGGCGUCACGCAGGGCCCGUCGGCCAGCUUCUCCUCCGAGUCCCUCUACACCAACCUGGAGCAGAACAUCCCCCGUAACUACGUGAUGAUCGAGGACAUCAGCGAGCUCACCAAGGAGAGCCCAGCUGUGGACGGGCAGAAAGCGGAGCCGGGGGGCACGGGCGCCAACGGCCGCCACGGCAAAGAGAAGAGCGAGCUGGGGGAUGCCGAGGGCUCCGGCCGGCCCUGCUGCUAUGCCAAAGCGGAGGAGGAGUCCGAGGAGGAUAUCUAUGACCACCACGGCCCCGAGCAUCGCGGGAAGAACAGCUACCACCGGGGCGUGGAGAGCAACGGCAGGGUGUCGGGGAGCUCCGCGGGCUCCUACUACUACGGGGACGGUGAGUACCGGCACUCCUCGCGAGCGGACAAGCAUGGCUCCGGCGUGGCACUGCCAAAGCAUUCGUCCAAGAAUCUGGCACCCGCCGUCGUCUCCUCGAAGCGCAGCAAGCACAGGAAGCAGGGCAUGGAGCAGAAGAUCUCCAAGUUCUCUCCCAUAGAAGAAGCCAAAGACGUGGAGUCAGACCUGGCCUCCUACGCUGUGACAACGUCGGUCAGCAGCAGCAACGUGGCCUCCAGGGCCAAGAAGCUGCAGGACGAGAUUACCUAUGGCCUCAAGAAGAACGUCUACGAGCAGCAGAAGUACUAUGGCGUGUCCAGCCGGGACCUGGUGGACGAGGAGGAGCGGGUCUACUCCGCUGGCAGCAGAACUCGCUCCUCUGGCUACGGGCUGGAGAAGUCCUCUGGCCGUGACACCGUCAGCCGGAGCAAGUCCUACGAGCGGGAGGGCGCAGAGAGGUCCCAGAAGGGCAGCUCCAAACCCUCGUCCCUCAGCAUGAGCCAGAGCCGGGGCCGGGCUCCGGUCCGCACGCAGCCCUCGGAGGAGGAGAGCCCCAUCAGCCCCCUGGGGAAGUCAGUGGGGGGGUCGCGUUCGGCGGGGGGCCCUGGCCCACAGUCGUCGGGGGACCCCUGCUCCCAGUUCUGCUCCAGCCACUCGUUGCCUGAUGUGCAAGAGCACAUCAAAGAUGUGCCAAGGAACCACUCGUACAAGCACGAGGAGGGCUACGGCAUGGACGAUUCCCAUUGCGUUGUCUCGGACAGCGAAGCCUAUCAUUUGGGUCAGGAGGAGACAGACUGGUUUGAUAAGCCCAGGGAGGUGCGGUCGGAGCGGGUAAGGCACUACGGCGGCCACUCUUCCUCGCAGAAGAGACCCCCGGCUAAGCACACCUACCACGACUACGACGAGCUGCCCGACGAGGACCCGUGGCAGCACGACGACUACCCCCAGCACCGCGAGCACCGGCACCACGGCGACUAUGGGCGCCACGCCGCCUCCUCCCGCCACGACGAGCAGCCGCGCCGCUCGGCCAAGCAGCACCCGCGGGAGCCCGGCCGCCACGAGCCCCGCGGCCACGCGCCGCCGGCCACUGCCAAGAAGGCGCAGCAGCCCGAGCCCCGCGGCACGGCACCGUACGGCCCCAGCGCCUCCGAGUACGCCCCGUCAUCACGCCCUGCCACGCACCACCACGGUGCUGAGCCCCAGAAGACGGCGAAGACGCCGCAGCCGCACGGGGCACCUGCCCCAGCGCAGAAAUCAGAGGCACCAACACCCGCGCAGCAGCCGGCGGGCAGGCAGCAGCAGGCUGGGCAGCAGGCAGCGCGGCAGCAGCCGGCGGCGAGGCAGGCUGCCCAGCCGGCGGGCUCAGCACAGCCCAGGACACAGGGACCCGCCUCGUCCCGGCCACCACAGCAGCAGCCGGGGACAGGCCAGGCUGCGGGGAAGGCACCGGCCGCACCGCACGCGCAGCCGGGUGGGCACCCGGGGCCACAGCAGAAAGCGGAGCAGACGGACGCGCCCAAACCCGCGGUGAAGGUGCCGCAGCAGCCGGGGAGAGCGCCCACGGCUCAGCCCCCAGGAGCAGCAGCAGACAGCAAGGUUGGGCCGAGGGCAGCCGGACCCCGUGGCCCUGCCAGCACAGGCACAGGGCAGCCUGGGGUGGAAGGAGAGAGCGUUUUCUCCAAAAUCCUGCCGGGAGGGGCAGCAGAACAAGCAGGCAAACUGACUGAAGCGGUGUCAGCUUUUGGCAAGAAAUUCACUUCGUUCUGGUGAGAACGGCACAAGGAGCUGGGGAAGCGAGUGGAGACCGAGUCGUUGCAGCGGAAAAACCUAUGAAGAAGCCAGCGGCCUCAGCACGCGGCGCCAGACUCUGGGUAUAACGCUUUGGAAAGCAGGGUGACCCCCUGGGUGCCGGACCUCACGCAGCAGACAGCGGCGAGCAGCAGCUCCGGCGCGGCACGCGUAGGGGGGACCCCCGCUUGCCCAGGGGCCGUGCCGGGACCCGCGGCCCUUUCUCAAGAUUAUACGCAGAGUUGCUCCCUCCGAACCCCAGCUCUGGCAUCUUCAUAGGUUUUUCCCCUCCGCGCGAGCCGAGGGCCACCCUUUCCGUCCCCUCUGUCCUGCCGGCCCCUUGGCCCCCCUGCACUGCAGCCUGCUCCCCCCCCGGGGAGUGGGCGCGCCCCGUUAGGACCUAACACUGUUUCACUACCGAAAUACGAGGCCAUAGGACUCUGACAGGCAGCGCAGACACGGGCUGGCCUUUGCCAACGCCGGGCGCUGCCCUGAAGCCAUUCGAAGCAUUCAAAGGGCCACGCUCGCCCUCGCCACGCAGCCGGCGCGCCCCGCUGCCGGGCACCCCUUUUCUUUGAAGAACAGCCUUAAUCAUCCCA